AUGAUUGUAUGUUUACUACCAAGUGUCUUCAUUAAUGGACCAAGUAAUAUUUGUGCUCCAACACUUAAAAUACCAACAAUGGCAAUAAAUACCGCAACCAUUACAGCUGAAAAACCCAUUGCGACUGCAAAUGGAUCAGCUUGUUCCCAAGAUAUGGGAACUGGUGGCCGAGCUUUUUCAGGCAAGCUUUCUGGUACUGCGACAAGUAUAAAGAAUACAUCAAGAACGGCAAUAGCUGUUGCUAAAGCAACAGCUAAAUUUUCCCCAUAA